AUGAAUAAAAUCGCGAAAGUAAACAAUUAUAUUUGCAACAAUGUUCCUUUUCGAGAUAUGAUUCUUUCAGCUAUGAAGGUGAGGAGAAAGGCGCCUUCCCUAGGCGAAAAAUGGGGACAAAACAGAAUUUUUUUUAUACCAAACUUACAUUGUGAAAAUGGGAAGCACAAAGUGGAAAAUUACACCUUCUCAAUAUUUUUAAAUGACAACAUUUUAAUUGGUAAUAAGGCAGUGGUGAGUGAAGCAGCCUCACCUGUAGGCACCUCCAAACAAACGCUGCUUUUCUGGAAUAGAAGUCCAGGCGCUAGAUACCCGAAAAAGGCCAACAACGGAGCCCGUCCAGACUGUCGUUCGGUGAGAAAAAUUAGGAAGAGAUUAAAAACGGGCAAGUAG